GCUCUUCCCCCGCGCGCGUGCGCGCGCCGCUCCCUUCCCUCAGCGGAGGUGGCCUCGCCUCGACCGUCGUCGCCUCAGGGAGUUGAGCAGGUGCUUGUGGGACAUCUCGGGUAUUCAAACCAAAAAAGUGUGGCAGGGAGAUCUGUUUUUAGAGGACCAUGCUAAGAGACACUAUGAAAUCCUGGAGUGACAGCCAGUCAGAUCUCUAUAGCAGUGACCAAGAAGAGGAAGAAGAGAUGAUCUUUGGUGAAAAUGAAGAGGAUUUAGAAGAGAUGAUGGAUUUAAGUGAUCUGCCUGCCUCGCUUUUUGCGUGCAGUGUGCAUGAAACUGUAUUUGAGGUACAAGAGCAGAAGGAGAGAUUUGAAGCACUUUUCACCGUCUAUGACGACCAAGUUACAUUUCAGUUGUUUAAAAGCUUUCGAAGAGUCAGGAUAAACUUCAGUAAGCCGGAAGCAGCAGCAAGAGCCCGAAUAGAGCUCCAUGAAACGGAUUUCAAUGGCAAAAAGCUGAAGCUGUACUUUGCUCAGGUUCAAAUGUCUAAUGAAACUGGAGACAAAUCUUACCUACUGCCCCCUCAGCCUGUCAAGCAGUUCCUGAUAUCCCCCCCAGCAUCUCCUCCUGUCGGAUGGAAGCAGAGCGAGGAUGCGAUGCCCGUUAUAAACUACGACUUACUCUGCGCCGUGUCUAAAUUGGGCCCCGGAGAGAAGUAUGAGCUUCACGCGGGCACCGAGUCGACACCGAGUGUGGUCGUCCACGUCUGCGAAAGUGAAACCGAAGAGGAGGAGGAAAUGAAGAACCCCAAACAGAAAAUCACCCAGACGAGGCGCCCCGAGCCACCUUCUACGAUACUAAACGAAUCCCCGACUUUCGAUUGUACGCUGUAAGGGACCGGGCAGCCAGGCACUGCCGCCCGGGGUCUCGGUAACGGAGAGUAGAUUAUCCCCCUUACUGCUUCCUGCAUCGCCCCCGACGAUGUAGGUAAGACUAGGAGAAGGGUGAUUGCAACACGAUGCAUAUUUUCAUCCGUCCUGUACUAUUCUGAGGGUUGCCUACAUUAGCUCUAUAUUCUAUAGUAGCAGCAGAUGUUACGCGUAAUUGUCUAUUUCACGUUCAGAGUUUUAGAUGCCGGUAUUCUAAUCUGCACUUUAAUUUCGAGGAUCAGCCCCAAAACGUAGCAACCCUGGCAGGUUUCAGAUAGCGGCAAACUGGGGAGCUGGCUUUCUGUCAUCCGAGAACGUUUGUUUUUCCCUGCUACCAGCUGCUGUGAGGUAUCCAGACCUAAAAUGGUAUUAGCUCGGUCCAGGGUCAUUUUUAUAGGUUCAAAAAUAGCCUAUAGUUUAACAAUCCUACGUGGGCGUGUGCUGAUCCGGUAGCUCCUAAUUCAUUUAUCGAUCGAAUAUUAACGUCCUUUGGGUAUGUACCAAGAUUUCUGCAUGGUUAGAAAUCUCACAUCUGGGGUGAUUAGAGGAAAAUUACUUGACCCAUCUUCCCGAGUAUUUUUUUGCCCCCCCGCCCCCCACCUUCCUUCAGAAGAAAUGCCAAAUUCACUGAUGAUGAAAAGAUAGCCCAGAUUUAUGUGCCUGGGGCAGCUCCAGUCCCGAAAAUCCUCACCAGAAGGAGCAAAGGGAAGAGCGCGGGGAACUCUUGGGCGGUUCUGUUGGGCCAUACGCGAGCGCUCUUGCCUCCCCCAAGCCCGGUUCUCCGAGAGGCGGAGGCCGCUCUGACAGAGCGGGACGGUCCUCCCGGGCGGCACGAUGGACUACGGGAUCGAACGGCUUCAGUGUACGCCAACUUCCUUCAGCGCUGUCGAGUGGCUUCCCGCCUUCAGCCAUGAGCUGUCCAUCCUCCCCCUCCCGCACCGAUGUUGUACCGUCCACUUGGUUCUUAAGCUGGUCUGUGUUCCGUGCGUCCGUUCAGUUCUGUUGCUCCUCUGCGUCCGAUGAGUCCCUGUAGCGGUAGAUUGAUUUCCAGAGUCAUUGGCUUCUUGCCCACUUAGUCGUUCUCAGCUUGCUUUGUUGGAAGGUGAGAAUUCGUAUACUCCGAUGUGAUUGUCCUCCCAUGGGUCCGAAUGUUGGCAAAGGAGGAUGGGGCGGUUGGGUUUGUUCCAUUCUCUGGGGAUUAACUGGGGACGGGCGUCGCGACGUGGAGUUUUCAUAAAACACGUUGCCGUUCUUCACUUCCCAAGUUGGGGGUGACACACUUGGUAUUUCUGAGCUACAAGACACACCUUUUGAAGGGUUCCCCUCACCGAUUUCCACGCGUGUGCAUACCGGGCGGUCUGGGUUAGCCACGCUUGUGCCCAUUUGUGGCAUGGGUAAAUGUCCUUUUUAAAAUCUGUCCCCGGUCCGUGAAUGAUGGGGAGAGCUGUUUUGAACUGCUUCUGGCCCCUAAAUCUGCGUCUGGAAUCUGUCCUGACUCUCCCGUGGUACUGGUUGUGAAUUCCAUUAAAAGCUAAGAUUUAUAAAGGCAAUUUAGUUAGUUGCAAUCAGCGUUUGGCCAUGUGGCUACCUAAUGAAUUCACUUCUGGGGAACUGAGUUCAACAUGGGGCCGGGUAUCGAUCUUCUCCGGGCCCCAGCUUGGAGUUCCAGACUGGAGUCGUGCAGUCAGGAAGCAGAGUGAGUUUUGAAUGUGGUUUGGAAGCUAUUGAAUUUCCUUUAAAGCAAGCUUCAAUUCAGCAUUACUGUCUAAAUUAUCAAAACCCAGGCCGAAUUGUAUUUGUUGGCCUUGGUUUUUCCACCCUAAUAUUCCUCUUUAUCACCACCCUCCCCUACGGCUUCCCUGUGCGGGCCCCCUUACCUUCCCCUCCUCAGCCCUUAACCCAGUUACAGAAAGGGCCAUCCGUAAACCGUAAAGUCUUUACAAACGUCAGAAAAUCCAUUUAAGAUUUCCUGCUGGGUUAACUGCUCAAUUUAUCUCCCUUUUUGGAAAAUAAAUUGAACAAGUUGCAAAAUUUCUAAACUGAAGCUCUUCUAUCAAAUAUCUAUUAUCAAAUUAUCAAGUCGGCCACGCCUUUUUGAAUAUGUCACGUUGCCGCAUCCGUUCCGGUGUGAGCUGUCUACAGGGUGAACACGAGGAGAACAAAAGUCACGGUUAGUGAGGAAGCCCCCCCACUUUUCUCACUUUCACCUGUGGGUCCCCACUCCCCGCCCCCGCUCGGCCCUUAGUAGGCGCUUAGUAAAUACCAUUACUAGUCCUAGUUUCUGGUCGCUGUGCAUUCGGGGUUGAAAGGGAAGUCUCCUCCGCUUUGGCCUUUUUCCUUUAUUUCCAACUUGUGCGCCUUUUCCUUUCUUGGAAAUCACAUUUCUGGAAGCUGGAGAAUGAGCACUUUUAUUCAGCUCUGAGUACCAGGGUGAGCAAGAACCUUAGAAAAACGAGGGCCAAAAGAGAUGCCCCAGACUAGCAGCGGGGGAAGUUUGUUCCCCUGAACAAGGAUGAGGGCGGAAGAAUAAUCAUCCGUCGUGUAUGGGCGAGACCCACCGCUCCUUACGUUUUUGAUUGCGAAGGGCGGAUUUCAUCGUUGAAUCCCUGCAUGACCUGCUUAGGUCACCGGCACGGCUCCAGAGAGAUCUGCCCUCUCGCCAUCCCCCUUAGCGAGAGGCAAGAGAUGGGAAAGAUGGCUGGCUUGAUGGCUUCGCCUUCCCGGAGAAGGUGGUCUACAUUCCCUCGUUCCCAGCGACAUCCCGACGGUCUCCUGGCUUAACCCGUACCACUCGGAAGUCUGAAUCACACCAGUUGGACCUAAGCAAUGGAAGAUGCGCAUCUCCCAAAGAUAAGCCUUUAGCAUCUCACACAGGCUGCCUCUGGGAGCAGAUGGGUUUUCAGGAGCUGUCUCUGCCUCAAUUACACGUUUGUGUAAGGAGCAGGUUCAGGUCUACCCCAGAGCGCCCCAAAAUCCACUCCGGAAAGCAGAAAAGCUCGUGGCUGGACUUGUGGUUGGAGUAGAGGCAGUAGCCGACCCCAUCCUCUAAUCUCUUUCUCCAGCCCAGCCCAGAGUUGACUCCACUGUGGGGGUGGGAAAUGGAGGAGCUCAAGUGACCCCGGUUCUCAGCGUGCAUUCGGCUUUCAUUCCCACGGUCAACGCAGAGCAGCGAGAAGCAGCGUGGCCUAAUGGAUAGGGCCCUGGGAGU